UGUAUUGUUAUUUAUACAAUACUAGUAUUGGUGUCUAUGCAGUGGAUGUUCUUAGCUUUUGCUCGUGUCAAGGCUAGUUGAGGUAAUGUAUUAUAGCUAGUCUCAAGAAGUAGGCUAGCUAGCCAGCUAACCUGCUAAUUUAUUAGCUGUGUAAAUUAGCAAAUCAGCUAGCUAAUCGAGGGAAAUGCCGAUCCGAAAUAAUCAACAGCUUUUUCAUUAUUAGGCUGUCUAGGUAUGAAGUGAAUUUUAAGAUGCAGCUACUUGGAUAUCUAGUAGUCAGUUGUGUCACUCAGAGGUGUCAGACUAACGCCUUAGUUAGCACUGUAACUAGCUCAGUCAGCUGUCAAAUACGGGGUGGCUCUCCAAUGGACAGCAGCUGGGUCUGGUGGUCUGCUGAUGGUGCUUUCAAGACAACUGGGAACUCCGAAAAUACGAGGUCAAAUCAUGACAUCAGUGAUCUUCAAGUCGGAAAGUCGGAGUUCUAGAAAGAGGGCCGAGUUCCCGAGUUGGAUUACCGUUCAAAACGAUUUUUCCCAGUCGGAGUUCCCAGUUGUUUUGAACGCAGCAUGAGUUCAUAGAAGGGUUGGCUGACUACGUCACGAAAUUGACCCGCCCGCAUAGAUGUGGCCAGAAGCCGUGCGUUAUUAUGAUUCGGAAAGGUCAGAUAGCUAGUAACAAUGACAUGAAGCUGGCAUGUGGGGAAUCGUGUUUCAUGUGAGCCUGGUAUGAUCUGUCCUCAGUACUAUUUACACUGGAAGAAAAAGGGUUUGUGAAACGUCUACCAAAAUGUAUAGUCGCCCUGGCUAAGUGUCUACUAAAUGACAAAAAUGCCUGCCCAUUGGCAGAUGGUAUCCUUAUUCGACUUGGCUUCCUCUGGGAGAGGCUAACUGUGUGGCAGUAUGUCAAAUGGGAACGAGUCCUGCAUAUUCAGAGAUGGAGCCGAGUUUGUGGCCUGCAUCUUUCACGCAUUUGAGGAAUGGUCAGGACUAGGACCCCUGGAAGACUAUCUGAGCUAUCUGGAGUACCUGGCCUGGGUUUUCACCCCUCUGGUCGUUGUUUUCAUCCUGCCCUUCCUCAUUGUGAUCCUCCUCUACUUCUCCAUCCUCUUCCUCCAUGUGUACAAACACAAGAACCAGCUCAGGGAGGCCUACUCCAACAACCUGUGGGAUGGUGCUAGGAAAACUCUGGCAACGUUGUGGGAUGGCCACGGGUUCAUAUGGCACGGAUAUGAAAUCCAUGGUAUGGAGAAGAUUCCAGAUGAAGGAGCAGCUCUUAUAGUCUAUUAUCAUGGGGCUAUUCCCAUUGACUAUUAUUACUUUCUGGCAAAUGUAAUCAUUCAGAAGGGACGGAUUGUUCACUCAGUCGCUGAUCACUUUCUGUUCAAAGUUCCAGGGUUCAAGCUGCUGUUGGAGGUGUUCAGUGUGAUCCAUGGGCCCCAGGAGGAGUGUGUGAAGGCCCUGAAAAGUGGCCACCUCCUGGGCAUCUCUCCUGGAGGCGUGAGGGAGGCCCUCCUCAGUGACGAGACCUAUCCACUUGUCUGGGGGAAGAGAAAGGGCUUCGCACAAGUGGCUAUCGAUUCCAAAGUGCCAAUAAUUCCAAUGUUUACUCAAAACGUCAGGGAAGGAUUCCGAUCUCUCGGCGGGUUAAGCUUUUUCAGAUGGUCGUAUGAAAAGUUCCGCAUGCCUAUGGCCCCUGUCUAUGGAGGUUUUCCUGUGAAGUUUCGUACAUACUUAGGUGACCCCAUCCCAUAUGACCCUAACAUUAGUGCAGCAGAAUUAGCUGAAAAGACCAAGCAAGCAGUUCAAGCACUCAUUGACAGACACCAAAUCAUUCCUGGGAAUGUCCUUCGAGCAUUACUAGAGCGAUUCCACAGCAGGCAUAAAGAAAAAUAGCAUUUUGAAUAGCUGUAAGGAAUAGCCUUUAUUUUGUUAGAUGAAGCAGUUACUUAUUUUGAAGACAAACUGUUACAUAUUGAAAGUGUGAUCAAUUGUAUGGUUAACUACAGAUUUGGAUCUUAGUUUGAGCCAGUCUCCUACAGCAGGAAAAUAAUACAGCAGCAACAGGAAAUGUGAAUUAUUAUGUGGAUUAUAAUGAAUGGACAUUUUUGUAGCGGUUGAUACAUUUUUCGUAAGGAAAAGCCUUUUUUAACCUCAAAUACAGUACAAGUUUUACAUUUCCUGGAAAGUUCUCCUGCAACAGGCUGAUCAAAUUAAGAUCCCUCACCUGUACAUUAUUAUUGUAGGUGUAUCUUCAGGAGCUUUUUGCACUCAGUUUUUGUCACAAAACAACAUGUACAGAAGGUAAAUUGUGAAGGUAUAAUACACCAUACAACUGUAAUUAUGUCAAAUGUGCAAAUUGAAGAAAUUGUAUAGUGUGUUUUUUCUUCUGAAACUCGUCAGUCUAUUCUUGUUCUGAGAAAUGAAGGCUAUUCCAUGCAAGGAAUUGCCAAGAAACA